AUGGAGAUCAAUGCAGUUCGAGCGAGCUAUGGUUAUCCACCGAUACCUCCCAACAUCCCCGAUUUCCAUGCACCUGGGGUGCCUCCUGCACUUGCACCUCCUGGACCGUUGCCCAGUGCGAGCCUUCAUGGUGUUUUUCAACUUCAACAACGCGAUGCUGUGGACAUUGCAGAGCCACAUCAAGCUGCUCAGCCUCCCGUUCAAGCUGUUGGUGUCGCUCAGCCAGCGGAUCCACUUCAGGUUCCCGUCCCUGCCCUGUUACACAAUCUGAUCCCUGCUGAGCCCAAUGCGGGUCCUGCGAGUGGUAUGGGAAAUGUUUGCGGAGCUGAGAAUGUGCAACCUGAUGCAGCAGUCGAUAAUGGUGUUCGUACCACCAACACUGUGUACAGCAAUGUUCUAACGACAGUCUUUGAUCCGUCUGGUCAUCUUGUAUUGGUGACAAUGCUUUUUAAUGUUGUUGAGAGGGUCCCCAGUGCAUGCGGAGGCAGGAUGCAGGUCCAGACGAGGAAGGACAAGAGCACGAAGUGUCGAAAUAUCCUUAUCACAGACAAAACAAGUCGCGCUUCAUUCAUCAAGGCGAUCCUUGCUGUUCAUGAGCUUGCUGACCAAUAUGCCCCUGGUCCUCACCAAGGACCUGGAUUCAAAAUGUGGUGGACCGGCUCGAAUGGUGGCAAAACUUCAGCGGCAACCAUUGAGAUGGAUGACGAGUUCAAAGUUGCCAUCACCGCACUUCUCAAAUGCAGUAAGGGCUCUUGCAAUGUCGGCGUGGAGUUUGACACUGCGCUCAUGGAGCCGUUUCGAGUCCGUAAACGUCCACUUCCGGUUGAGGACAGUGAAGAUGAAUUGAUAUAUGGGACCAAGGUUCCUCGUAUUGAUCAGUUCACUGAUGAAGCACAGUUACAUGGCGACAUCAUCCUUGAACUGAAGAAGAAGUGGAUCUGUCAAGAUCACAAGGGUGAGCACGGUGAAGUGGGACAUUGCUAUGUUAUGCCACAAGCAGAACACUUGGAACUCAAUAAUCGCAAGCUAAAGGCAUGGGCUGCAGCAAUUGCUGCACGCGACUGCACAAAGCAUCAACCCCCGCAAACUGUUGAAUUCGAUGUUCUGUGGGAUGAUUGUCUUGUCAGUGCAAAGCCACGUGGCCGAUUAGGACCUCGCGCUGUUGACACUCCUUCACCCAUGGCAACUGUGUCCAUGCUGGACCCGGCGUCGAUGCUCAUGAUGGCUAUAACACCACUCGUUAUGAAUCUCCUUGACCGUCAAGGUGCUUCCACGUCCUCUACUCCCCAGGUGGCUCAGUCAUCUUCAGGCCAUCACCAUCUACUGCUACUUUCAGGUGCAUCACUUCCUAAUCAUGGAGAAGAACUUGUGUUCUGUCUUCGUGAUUUCAAGACGGUAACAAAUGUUGACAUUCUGAAUGUAGAGGACGUGUUCAAGACUAAUGCAAUCACUCCGAGCAUAAUCCGAGAGAUGCCCGUGCAGCGUCUCUGCGAGUUGUCAGGAGUACUAGAGGGACACAUGUGGCAAUUUCAAUCAUUCUGCAAGGAAUGGUGCGACUACGUGAAGGAACGCCGAAGCCUGAUGGGUUAA